CGGGCAGGUUUCACUGAACCGGGCGUGCACACUCGCCUCGUACUCUACGUAUCUACAUAUAAGAACGUGGAGAAACGUUAAACUAGUUCUCGCGAUUUUUCAACCGGCCGAGUAUAAAGGAGAAAUUCAAUGUCGGCCGAUGCAUCAUUAGACGUCGCGGCGGCGCGCCGAUUCCAUCUUUCGUUCGUUGAGUCGGAGAAGCGCGAGUGAGGAGAAGCGGUGAAUGAGAGGCAGAGUAAACGAUAAAGAUCGGGGUAUUAUUAAUCAGUGAGGCGGAUCACUCGAUAUGGAUUUUUUGCUACUGCUGUUCCUAGCGUCGUCCGCGGUUCUCGUUCAAGGGUACGGGAAAAGCAACGACCCGAACGACGAGCCGUUCCUACCGAUAUACCCGGUAUACCCUUACAGCCCUAAAUUAAUUAAAAGAGGGACGGAGAAGGAGGCGGUGGCGCAAUUAUCCGCCGAAUUGUACGCGCCGAAAGUUGACGCGAAGGACUCGUACAGCGCGAGCUACAGCGGCCGAGAUUCUUCUUACUACCCUAAUUACAACUCGUACCCCAAACUCCCCUCCUCGCCCAGUUACGCUUUCUACGGAUCUCUUCCGUACCCCAACGAUCCCUACACAACCCCCUACAAUCCUUACUCGUACCCGCUCCCUUCACCCUCUUACUCACCUCCCAUUCCUUACUCCUCCUCCUAUCCCAAUUAUUACUACCAAUCUCCCUAUUAUUAUCCCAAUUACUACAACCAGCCUCUGUUCCCACCGCCCCCGUUGCCGCCGCCUGUCGUCGAUUACGAAGCUGACGGUGGAUACCCCGAGUCGGAGAAGAAUAAGGGUUACAGGGGCAAGGACGGAGCAUCCCAGCAUCAGUUCGUCGACGGGGCCAAUUACAUAUCCGGUGGCUCGAAGGAUCUCGACGGCCAGCCGACGACCGCGUACAAAGCGAGCGGCGGCGGCGUCCAGCAGAAUCAGCUGGAAGAAGCGGGCAACGUGCAGAUGAAGCAUCCGCCUGUCCCGUUGCCGAAGACGACGUACAGGGUGAUCAGCGUCGGCGGGCAACCGGUUGGCCCCGAUUAUCCGUUGCCACCUUCCUACGCGAGAGCCCAGCAAUUGGAGGAGCUCGCGGCGACGAGGGGCCACCACGAUUGGGUGAAGGCGUUGGCGAGGAAUUUCAGCCCGCUCGACGCGAAAAAUGUCGCUACGAACGACGACGAUCGAAACGACGAGGGGAAGGAGGCGAGAUACGUGCCUGCCUCGAUCGCGAAGACCGGUUACGUGGUUACGAACCCCAGCGUUCUCAGGAAGGUGAACGUUGGACGGAUCGUCGGGAAGACCAGGUUGAAGAGCGUCAAGUAUCCGGCGUACGCGACGAUCGAGAAACCUGACAAGGAUCGAGGCGAGUCGAACGAGUACGAGAAUUACGAGAGCUCGUCCUCGCGGGAUAAUCAGGAUUACGACGCAGCUUUGAGCAGCCAGACCAGCGACGGCAAGCAGCAGAAUUACGAGGAGGACGAGGAUCAGAGUUCAUAUCAGAGUCAAAAUUACGUUACGCAAACGCCUUCGUACGGCGGUUAUCAGUAUACGAGUUACGGCCAACCGCAGACGAUCGUUCAGAGGCAAACGCAGCAGUACAAAAGUAAUCUGGAUAACGCGAAUUUUGGCGCCAAGACGAAAAAGGCGUGAUUGAACGAACGGACGAAAGACAGUUUUGUCGAUACACGAUACGGUACAAUUGUUAUUUCUGUUUCUUUUUUUUUUUUUUAUAUUCUUAGUUGAAUAAGUUUACGUUGUUACCUUUUUCUUAGAGACACGUGGAUAAAUAAUGUUUGCGCACUUUUCUAGCAUAUCGCGCGAAAAUACCUCUUACUAGAUAUUCUGAAUAUUAUAUUUGACGCGACACUCGUUUCUUCGCGUUCUUUUUGUUUUUUAUUCGUUCGUCAAUCCGAUGUUUCUCCUCGAAGACGGUGAUAUUUUUUUUCUCGACUCGCGUCAGACUUUUACAUCCCACUCCAUAUGCAAAUUCUGUAUUCAUUUUGUUACUGUUAAUAAUAAAAUAUCGUUGUUGUUUCUUAUGA